AUGCUCAAUAGAGCUAGGGCAGUAUUAAGAGCACCUAGAGUAGCAUCUGCUAGGUGCCACUCUUCUAUAAACUCAUUUGAUAGAACACUCUACUUGAAGGAGCAACCUGAAGACUCAGUUUUUAAAUCCUUGGAGAAUAAGCAAAAUCUCGCUUUUGAAACCUUCGUUGCUGGACACAGACCAUUGUUUAUUAGCAACCCACCCUUAGAAUCUUCUAAUCAAGUCAGUCAUAAGUUAACAGAUGAACAAGUCGAUUCUAUACUAGACGAGCUAGAUUGCGCUUUAUUUAAAGUUAAAAUUACUGAAAUUGCGGAUUAUAAAUCUGCCUUACAUAGAAUUGGAUUGGGUGAGCGAUUAGAUAUCAAUUUGGAUAGUGUAAAGAGAAAGAGAAAGAGUAAGAUGAACAAGCACAAGUAUAGGAAACGUAGGAAGGUGUGUACACUCGUGUUUUGUUAA